AAGAAGAAGAAGAAGAAGAAGAUGUAAACAAAGAUGGUUUAAUGUCGCAUGAUGCUUCACUGAGCAGAACAUCUGUGUCUGACUGAUGAAGAGAAGACACGUUUAUCUGAAGUGUGGAACCAACAGGACUCACACACCACACGGGUCACAUGUGUUGUUGUGUGUGUGCGUCAGGACUCACAUCCUGCAGCAGCUGAUCGGGUCUGAGGAGCAGCUGUGAUGGCGGGUCGGGGGCGUGGUCGGAGGAUGAUGAGUUUCAGCGUGGACGCUGUCGGCAUCAACAGAGGAGACAGUUUACCUCCGACCAUCCAGCAGCCGACACCUGCAUUCCCGGCGAUGGAGAACAAGCCCCUCCCCCUGGCAGCUGGCGAGGAGGCGGAGUAUAUGUUGGCUCUCAAGCAGGAGUUCCGAGGAGCCAUGAGGACUUUGCCCUGCUUCAUCCAACCAGCCGCCCCUCACAGAGAUGUGGAGAGGUACUCUGAUAAAUAUCACAGCUCGGAGCCGGCAGACGCUCUGAUCACCUGGACUCCAGACUGGAGGAGGUUACCCAGAGAGCUCAGAGUCGCCAGGCUGCCUCGCAGAGACGGUGUGACGCUCAGUCGCUCGGCUCCAUCAGGUCAGAUCAGACAAGUCAAGGAGAAGGAGGAGAUUCUGCUCAAACUAGAGAGUCUGGAGCAGAAGGAGCAGCAGGGGAGCUCAGAGGAGGAGGAGGGAGAGGAGAAGAAGAAACAGGAAGAGGAGGAGGCCGAGGGAGAGGAGGAGUACGAUGAGGAGGAGUUUGGAGAGGUAGCCGAGGGACCUGGCUCAGAGACGUCUCUCUUUUGUGGGAGGAUCCUGAGGCGUCCCCAGGCAUGAUGGGAUAUGUAGUCUCCUGUGGAGUGAAGUUCUAAGCUCUCACCUGACGGAGAAAACUCAGACACAUCUCUUCUGACUACGCCUCGGUUAAGAAGAUGAUGUCUAAUAACCAUCGUCAACUCUGGUGUUUAUAUAGAAAUACAAAAAUAAAAUAAUAAGUUUUGUGACACUUUGUAGUUUGGCCUUUUUGAAGCGAAUGUACUUGCAUGAUUCUUGCUGUUCUGGGUUUGUUCCCUCAUGGUUGAUGGUUCUGGACAAAAGAGCAGCUGAAUGAAAUGGAAGGUCAUGUUCUUGCCUGGGACCUCAGGUGAAGGUGAGGCCCAGGAGAUUGAAAGCUUGGCUCCAUCUUUCUUCACUGCUGGUGUUCACCUGCGGGUUCAUAGAUCAACCUUCAGACCACAGCUUCCACCGGAGGUUCCCAGUUCACCCUCACUACUCGCCAUCAGCUGACAGCUCUGCUCCACCCGAGUGUCGAAAACAUACUCUGGCAGAUGUGAUGAUUCCUCCAUGAAGACCUUUUAUUUCUCACGUUCAAACGUUUUCUGU